GUUUGAUUCAAUUUCGCAAACUAAUUUUAUUAAACAGAUUGAACUGUUGUAGACACCGUUAAGAUUUUUGAGAAGUGACAACUGUUAAAAAAAACUAUGGCAACACGAAGAGCUUUACAUUUUGUUUUUAAAGUUGGAAACAGGACAAAAACUGCGGACUUUUAUAGGGAUAUUCUGGGCAUGAAAUUUCUGCGACAUGAAGAAUUUGAAAAGGGAUGUGAAGCUGCAUGCAAUGGUCCAUAUGAUGGUAAAUGGAGUAAGUCUAUGGUAGGAUAUGGACCAGAGGAUUCACAUUUUGUUGUAGAGUUGACAUAUAACUAUGGGAUUGGUGCUUACAAAUUGGGAAAUGAUUUUAGGGGCAUAACCAUUCAUUCCAAAGACAUUAUUAGAAAUGCCAACAAACUAAACUACCCAGUGGUAACAGAUGGAGAGUCACAGAUUCUGACCUCUCCUGAUGGGUAUAAAUUUAUUGUCAUGGAGAGAGAAACAGAAGGAGACCCAGUUAAAAAGGUUACCCUGUCUUCUUCAGACUUGGACAAAUCUGUUGAUUAUUGGACAAGAUUGUGUGGUAUGAAGGUUUUUUCACAAGACAAUAAGACAGCUGUGUUAGGGUAUGAUGAUAAUCAGUGCAAGUUAGAAUUGUAUGAAAUAGGAACAGAUGUGGACCAUGCCUCAGCUUUUGGAAGAAUUGCAUUUGCUUGUCCAGGAAUAGAGUUGCCUGAUAUCCAGAGUAAGAUGAAGGAAGAAAACCAGACCAUUCUAACAGAUCUUAUCAGUUUAGACACUCCAGGGAAGGCCACAGUACAAGUUGUCAUCGUAGCUGAUCCUGAUGGACAUGAAAUCUGUUUUGUUGGAGAUGAAGGAUUUAGAGAUUUAUCACAAGUAGAUCCUAAAGCUGAUGAACUUUUAAAUAAGGCAAUGGCAGACGACAAGAGUGAUGAAUGGUUUGAGAAAAAAGGAAAAACAAAAGCAACAGCAUAACUAAUCAUGGGAUGGUGCAAUUCAUUUAGAAUUAUUAUAGUAAAAAAAUUGUAACAAUAUUUAAAUCACAUGCUGCCAUGACUGAAAUCAGUUGUUUGUUUUGAAGUUUAUAAAUGAUUAUUAGAACUUUUAGAAACUGCUUGGAUAAUAAAUCUAGCCCAUCAAUCAAUAGAAUGCUUAAAUAAGCUAUAAAGAAAUAGUAAACUUUAUCGUAUUCAGAGUAGUUCGUGUUUACAUUUAUAUUUUUAUAUUUGAAACAAAAAAUAAUUGGUAGAUUUUGACAACUUUGAUACUUUGUAGAUUUUUAAAUCAAGAACAAAAGAGGGUUUGCCAUACCUUAUUAUUAAUGAAUAGAUUGAAUUAUUGUUGUGAUGAUUGAAAAUAUUAUUUUGACAUUAUGAUGUGUGGGGUAAACCUGAUGGUUAUAAAAAAUAUAGAGAGGGCAUUGUAAAAUUUUAUCAGCACUCAUUAUUUUCAUAAAUAUUCAAAUUUCUGUGAUAACUAUUUUAAAUGUAUAUUUAUGUGUGAAGGUGCUUGCAGCUUAUGAAUUUUGGGUUACAGUGGGAACUGACUUGUGCUCAUCUGCAAUCAAUGUACUAUAUGUGAAAGUGCAAUGUGGUUUAUUUCACAGAGUUUUAAUUUUUUUUUAUUUCAUAGACAAAACCGGUCCCUGUUGUUUUAUUUUCACGUUUUCUUGUCACUUAUUCGAUCUUCAGUGAUAAAACGAGAGGGGAUAUAUUCCAGAUUUUAUCUAAUUCACCAAAUUAGCAAAAAUAAUCUCCUGACAUUUUUUUUUUUACUUUACAUUAUUGGAGAAUCUUCAUACAUAACAUGGUCAGCUUCAGAAUUUCUGGAUUGUUGACACUUUAAUUUAAAAGUCAGAUGCAUACAUAGACGGUAUACUGCAAUAUACUCAUAAUUUACUGUUUCUAAACUUUGAUAAUGAAAGAGAAGUGAUCUAUACUUAUAAAAAUGUACACUUUUUUUAUUAAGGUGCUAAUGAGAAAUAUUUUGGAAAGGGUAUUUGAACAAUUUUAUAUUUCUAGUAAUUAAUGUGAUUUUAACCAAAGCUGUAUUGUAAUUUUGUUUUUUACAUUGUGAUCACAUGGUUAGUUGGGAAAUGAUGACUUACUCCCAUAGCAGUUGGAGAAUUGUGCUUUUUUACUGAAUAAGUAUCUUGAUGAUAUACCAUAUUCAUUGUUUAUAUUGACAAUAAGUACCAGUAAAGCUUUGUCAAGGUCCAACAUUAAAGAUGUGAGAGACACACUGCACUAUUCAUUCAAGAUCAUUGAACUGUUACAUAAGUUAAGACAUUUUGUUGACGUUUUUGUAUGCAUUCAUUUUUUUUUCAUGGUUGUUCUAUCUCAUACACAUGUAUGGCCUUCAAAUUUCAAUGAACUUUGGUUUAUUAAGAAAGUUUUUUCUGUACAACAUACUGUGAGAUCACAAGUAUUAAUUCAAUACCAAUGUGUAUGUGUUUCAAAAUUCACUAAAGCAAAGAGGAUAUUUAUUGCCUUGAAAUGUGCAAAUGUUAUUUGUUUGUGUAGCGUGCGGUUUAAAUCAUUGUGGUUAAAGCCGUGAAGCAAAAUUCUAUACAACUAGAAAAUAUUUACAUUGAUCAGUACCAGUAAGUGGUCUGUCACAGUAACCUAUUUUAUGCAUAUUUUUCCUACUUGAUAACUGCCAAACAAUGAGAGGGCAUUUUGUUAUGUUAAAAAUUUUUUUAGAUUUUAAUGGUGCAUGAAUUUAUGAUGUGCUUUAGACAUAUAUGAUUGUUAUUUAUUGUCAAUUAUACAUUGGAUUUAGGGUAAAUAAAAAUGAAGAACAAA